AUGGAGGAAUGGGAAGGAUAUUUUAAAGAAAUGUUAGGAGGGGUGGACUGGAGGGUUAGAGGAAAGGGGGAAAGAAGAAAAAAAGGUGAGGAGGAGGAGGAAGAGGAAUUAAGCAGAGAGGAGAUGGAGAGGGCAAUAAGACAGUUGAAGGACAAGAAAGCAGCAGGAGGAGAUGGAAUAGUAAACGAGGUGUGGAAAUAUGGGGGAGAAGAGGUGAGGAGUUGGCUAUGGGAAAUAUGCAAGAAGGUGUGGAAGGGAGAGGGUUGGCCGAAGGAAUGGAGGGAGGGGGUGAUAGUACCGAUAUGGAAAAAAGGAAAAGGAAAGAAGGCGGGGGAUUAUAGAGGGAUAACAUUGACACAGACAGCAUAUAAAAUAUAUGCUAUGAUGGUAGAGAACAGGCUGAGAAAGAAAGUGGAAAAGAAGGGGAUGUUGCCGCCGAGUCAAGCAGGGUUUAGGGAGGGCAGGGGGACAGUGGGACAAAUAUAUGGGCUGAACUAUAUGAUAAAUAAGAAGAUUGAGGAGAAAGAUGGGAAGAUGGUGGUGAUGUUCAUGGACCUAAAAGCAGCGUUUGACUCG